UACAUCUUUUUUAAACGGGGGAUUACUAGCACGAUCAUUUUAUUUUUAAAUAAAUAUAUAUUACAGGUGAUCCAGAGCAGCUCACAUCUCACUCUCUAAACGCGCCUCCCGCGAUUCUCAGCCGGACAGUGAUUUUCCCCGGGACGUGAACACAACAUGAUGGAUUCAUGACUGCGCCGCUCACUGAACUAAAGACCCGGUUAUUAUCUCUGAUCCUCAGGAUGAAUUUGUUCCUGCUGUUGAUGAUAGUGACUGUAGAAAGCAGUCGCUCAGAGGUUUAUACAAACCACUGGGCAGUGCGGGUCUCAGGGGGGCAGCAACACGCGGACAGAAUCGCAGCGAAAUAUGGAUAUAUAAACUUUGGACAGAUAGGAAGUCUGGAUGAUCAUUACCAUUUCCACCACAGCAAAGUGGUUCGCAGAGCUGCUUACUCUUUCAAGGGCCCCCACAGCUUCAUCCAUAUGGACCCCGAGGUGGACUGGGCUCAGCAGCAGGUAGUGAAACAAAGAGUAAAGAGGUUUGCCCAAAGUGACCCAAGUUUCAUUCAUUUCAAUGACCCUAAGUGGUCCAACAUGUGGUACAUUCAUUGCGGUGAAAAGAACAGCCCGUGUCACUCAGAGAUGAACAUCCAGGCAGCCUGGCAGAGGGGCUACACCGGCAAGAAUGUGGUGGUCACCAUAUUGGAUGACGGCAUCGAGAGGAACCACCCUGAUCUGGUUCAGAACUAUGACCAUCUAGCAAGUUAUGAUGUCAAUGGGAAUGACCAUGACCCAACGCCACGUUACGACUCCCUCAAUGAAAACGUACAUGGAACUCGAUGUGCGGGUGAAGUUGCGGCAGCGGCCAACAACUCCCAUUGUAUUGUUGGGAUUGCCUAUAAUGCUCACAUUGGAGGGAUUCGGAUGCUGGACGGUGAUGUGACUGAUUUAGUCGAAGCCAAGUCCCUGGGAGUGCGACCUGACUACAUCGACAUCUACAGUGCUAGCUGGGGGCCAAAAGACGAUGGCAAGACAGUGGAUGGCCCAGGGCAGCUUACUAAGCAGGCAUUUGAGCAAGGCAUCAAGAAGGGUCGCAAAGGCUUGGGUUCCAUCUUUGUCUGGGCAUCAGGUAACGGGGGCCGGCAGAGGGACCACUGUUCAUGUGACGGUUACACCAGCAGUAUCUACACCAUCUCCAUCUCCAGCACCACAGAGAACGGAAACAAGCCCUGGUACCUGGAGGCCUGCAGCUCCAUCCUGGCCACCACAUACAGCAGUGGAGAGUUUAACGAGAGGAAGAUUGUAACCACUGACCUCCGACACCGCUGCACUGACGCUCAUACCGGCACUUCUGUCUCCGCUCCCAUUGUGGCUGGAGUCAUUGCUCUUGCCCUGGAGGCCAACCUUUUGCUUACAUGGAGGGAUGUGCAACAUCUUCUGGUGAAGACGUCCAGACCAGUCCACCUGAAAGCUGACGACUGGAAGGUCAACGCUGCAGGACUUAUAGUGAGCCACCUGUAUGGUUUUGGCCUGGUGGAUGCAGAGGCUAUGGUAGUGGAGGCUUCCAAGUGGAGGACUGUUCCUCCUCAGCACACCUGCAGUCGGGUUCCUGAGCGGCGCACCAGACACAUCCAUGCUGGCCAGCAUCUCAACAGCAGCAUAACCACCUCUGGAUGUUCAGGAGAUCCGGACCAGCACGUGGGUUACCUGGAACACGUGGUGGUCAAGGUCCUGAUUGUACACCCACGCCGAGGAGAUCUGGAGAUCAACCUCAUCUCUCCGUCUGGGACCAGAUCACAGCUGCUGGCCAGGAGGUCUUUUGACCGUUCCAAUGAGGGCUUCAGGAACUGGGAGUUCAUGACAGUUCAUUUCUGGGGUGAGAGGGCAGAGGGCACUUGGACUCUAGAGAUUGUUGACUCACCAUCAAAGCUACGCAACCCUGAGGUGCUGGGCAACCUAAAAGAGUGGACUCUGAUCCUGUAUGGCACAUCUCAGAACCAUUCCCAGCCCCACGGUGCUCAGCACUCACAAUCAAGGAUGUCAGAGAACCCAGCUACAGCGGAGAUCUUUGAGGAGCCCGAGCUGGAAGAGGAAGACGAGUACGUUGGACUUUGCCACACUGAGUGUGGAGACCAGGGCUGUGAUGGACCCGACAGUGAUCACUGCCUGAACUGUGUACACUUCAGCUCCGGCAGCUUGAAAAGUGGCAGAACCUGUGUGAGCCACUGUCCUCUGGGACACUAUGAGGACGUACCGUCCCGUCGCUGUAGACGCUGCUUCAAAGGCUGUGAGGGGUGUGAGGGUCGAUCAGCCAGCAGUUGUCUGUCCUGCAGGAGAGGCUUUUACCUCAACACACUCAACUCCAGCUGCAUCCAUAUCUGCCCGACAGGGUACUUUGCCGAUGAGAAUCAGAGACAGUGUCUGAAGUGCCAUGACACCUGUAUGCAAUGCCUGAGAUAUGCAGACAGGUGCACUGCCUGCAGCGAGGGCUACAGUCUGGCAGGAAUGACUUGUGUUCCUAAAUGCACCAAUGGGACUUUUUUCAACGUGGAAGAGAUGACCUGCAGCACAUGCCAUUCCUCUUGUAAGACUUGUACAGGUCCAGGUACGAGGGAGUGUAUCCAGUGUGCUGAGGGCUUCCUGCAGCAGCAGUGGAGGUGUGUGCAGAGCUGUAGUCCUGAAUACUACCCCGGAGAGGCAGCAGAAGUCCCUCACAAGAUGUGCCACAGGUGUGAGGAAAACUGUCUGAGCUGCAGUGGCCCUGGAACAAUGUGCACCAAAUGCAAAGAGGGGUACAGUCUGGUCAGAAGGACCUGCGUUGUGAAUGCUUCCUGUAAUAAUGCUGACGAGGUGUUCUGUGAAAUGGUCCGGUCCAACCGUCUCUGUGAGAAGAAGCUGUACCGUCAGUUCUGCUGCCGCACCUGUCUGAUGAACGGAUGAGGAGCAUACAUUCUCCUCCAUCACUCUAAACCAGUUUUGUCCUACAAUCAUUCAUAAAGAACUAAAACUAUUUCUACAGUGUGGUUAACUUUUAUACAAAAAUGGAUUUUGCAAUUUGGAUGAAGCUUUCAGUUGUAGAAUAUGUAGAAAUAUUCUGUACUAGAAAUGAAUUGUAUUUAACAUGUACAAACUGCAUUAUAACGAAUGUGCUUGUUGCGGUAUAAAGUUCAAACUGAUACUUUGAUCAAAUUAGUCUUACUCUCGAUAACAUCUCAUACUCUGUAAUGAGCUUGAUAUAUUUACCUUCACUGGUUUCAACCACUUUUGAUUUAUAGAUAAUAUCUACAGCUCAGUUAAAAUGUAAAUAUUACAGCACACUGAGGUCUUUAAAGCCAUACAUGUUUAUGCUGUUUUUUUAUGUCUGAUUUUUGCACCACGGAAUAUUUAAAUAUAUUUCAGCUGAUAUGAACUGGCAGCCCCCAGCGUUGGAGUUGUGUUCGCUCUGGCUUCAGCAGAAAGAGAACGCAGCUGUUUUUCAUAAAAAUUACAUCAUGGUGCAAUCAUGAUCAAUAUGAGUUAAUAAAAUAAAUCAAAUGUAGAAAUAAAAUACAUUCUUGAGGAUGAGGAAAGCCUGCAGUCUGUCCCACAUGUUGCAGCCUUCACAGAGACAUGUGUUCUGAAGUGUUAGAGAAACACAGCAGCUGCAGACCGGGGGGUUUACAUUCUUCAGAUGAAGCAACUGGAAUAUGUUCUGUUUAUCUGGAGACAGACUCAUCUCAGACCCAGAGCUAACUGUAUGCUGUGUGCUGAUAAUGAUAUAGAUACUCUCUAUGUGGGGGUUCUGUUCGUACCAGGUCCAAGUCCUGUUAUGUUGGACUGCUCAGCUCCUAGCAGGCAUGUAAACAAGGACAAGUGAUGCUAAUAACAUUAAAUUAAAGUUGACAUAUUCUGCUCAUUUUCAGGUU